ACAAGCAAAUGCUGUUACUGACAGAUGCAAAAGGGAACUGAGGAAGUUCUACGUGUUUGUCAUCGGCCCUUUUUCUCCCCACUCUGUGUGUGCAAACAGAAACAUGCUGGCUGGCUCUAGCGGAGUAAAUGUGUGGGGCUAGAGAGAGGGGAACACAGGAGAGAGGGGGAGAGAGAGAGAAAUUUGAACUGACUUUGAAAGCGGCUCGUUGGAUCGCAACUGAAAGUGGGGGAGAGGGCGAGUCGAUAGACGGCUGGGUCUUCAGUAUGUCAUCUGGAAGGAUUUGUUUUACAGAAAGGGUGGAGAAAAUAACAGCUAAGUGACUGACCCCAAAUGGGAACAGGGAGCCCAAAUACUGUGGACCUUGUGACAGUUCAUCACCAUGGCAAUGAUUCAGACAAUGCCCAUAGCUUCUGAGCGUCAGAAUUCAGAAAGUGAACACAAACUGCGAACAUCUGCAGCAUCGCCAAUCUUGCAGAGCACCAUGGGAAGCGUUGGCAGUCUUGUAUCAGGUCGCAACUACCAUGAUAAACACUGCAAGGCCAUGGAGUACAACAACAAAUGUCGCAAGACCGGCCAAGUGCUGAACAUUUUUAGGCAACAGGAUGGACACCCCAAAAAUGGCUACUCUCAGGACUGUAUUGGUGGAGUAGUUUCCAAGAAGCAAUGUUCAGCAAUUGGAAAAAGUGGGAAUUAUGCAUAUUUAAGUGAAGACCAUCGCAAUGGAAGUUGGAGUAUGACGGAAUCACCCAGCAGCCCUUGCAGUGAUCCUGAAGAUUUCCGUGAAGCCAGGUCAAUGAAUGGAAAUAUCCGAGGGCCCCCUCCAAAAAUAAUUCCGGUCUCAGGCAAACUCGAGAAGAACAUUGAAAAGAACAUUAUCAGACCGACGGCGUUCAAGCCAGUGCUGACCAAGAACAGGAGCUCGGUACAGUACCUUGUCCCUCGUCCUGCUAAUGGGCUGUCAGACAGUGUGGGCAGCCUCAACAUCUUGUUCAGUGGCGGCUCGGUGAGCUCGGUGAACUCUGUCGAAAAGCGCAGCUCCUUGCAGGCGUACAACUGCAAGAACAGCGUGCACUCGGGAACGAUGUCGGACUCUGGGAGGAACUCCCUGUCCAGCCUCCCGAUGUACAGCGUGGGCUGUGGGCCGCACCUCGAGACGGGACACACCAACCUGGAGGCUGGUGGCCAGCAGCAUCUGUUCCAUGAGAGGGGCUUGGUGGUGGGACUGUCAAACUCUGACAGCGGCCGCUCCUCACCCAGCAAGAGCACGGCGUCUCUGACCAGCCGUGGACCCCCGCUCUCCGACAGCGGGUCCUGCGACCGCUCCCCAGUCUCCGCCCACGAGCUUCUGGUCCGCGAGCUCGAAGAGAAGCUGCGGGAGCGCGACGCCGAGCUCCAGCAGAUGCGCCUGAGCCUGGAGGAGAGCGAAGCCGCCCUGUGCCAGGUCUAUGAGGAGAAGCGGCGCCGCUGCGAGCAGGAGAUGGAAGAGUUGAGGCAGAGCUGUGCCAACAAGCUCAAACAGAACUCACAGAAGGCCCAGCGGGUGCAGCAAGUCCUGCAGUUGGAGCUGUUCCAGCUCCAACAGGAGAAGAAGAAACUCCAGGAGGACUUUGCCCAGUUACUGCAGGAACGCGAAGCCCUGGAGAAAAAGUGUGCGACGAUCGAGAAAGAGCAGACGGAGCUUGGGCCAAGACUGGAGGAAACCAAAUGGGAGGUUUGCCAAAAGUCCGGAGAGAUUUCUCUACUGAAGCAGCAGCUGAAGGACUCACAGGCUGAGCUCUCUCUGAAGAGCAAUGAGAUUAUCUCCUUGAAGGCUCAGCUCCGAGAGAUUAGAGCUGAACUCCAAGAUCACGAGGAUGAGAUUCACGAGUUCCGGGACUCUGUCCACACAAAGACUCUGGAGCUGGAAGUCUGCGAGAAUGAACUGCAGCGGAAGAAGAACGAGGCCGAACUUUUGAGAGAGAAGGUGGGAAAGCUGGAGGAGGAGACCACGGGCCUGAGAGAAGCUCUGGGCCACACAAGACACAUGAGCCAGGAGCAGGAAGACGCUGCCCUAAUGUACGAAAGCGACGAAGCCAAGGUGCAGCGACAAAAUGCAGACAACCAGCAGGCCCUGAGGCAGCAGGUGGAGAAACUGAGGGCUGAGCUUAUGUAUGAACGAAAGAGGUGCGAGACCCAGCUGGAGAACUUUGAGGUGGAGCGGCGCACCUGGCAAGGUGAGAAAGAGAAAGUGAUUCGGUACCAGAAACAGCUGCAACACAACUACAUCCAAAUGUACAGGAGGAAUCGAGAGCUGGAAAGAGAGAUGAGGCAACUCACCUUGGAACUGGAGUCCAGGGAAAUAGGUGGGCUUGAAAUGCGAAACAAAGACAUUCAAUUUGAGGAAAUCACUGCGACGGAAAUCUAACUUAAAAAAAAAGAUUUUGUAAUGAACAAAAGCACCCAUGCCAAAUCUAGUGUUGGAUAAAUAUAACACCGACAUAAUGGACAAUCAAUAUAAGUCUUUAACCUGCUCAAGUUUAUUCAGAUGUUCACAAUAAAAGGACAUUUAAUGGCUUUGGAUAACCUGAUACAUACUCCCUGCAGGCAUGUUUGGACACCUCAAUCUAUUACUUUUACGGAGGUACCUUGCUGUCUUCCUUUUUCUAUUCCAUGCUGUCCUGUGUCAUGCCGUAUGAGCUGAGGGAGGAAUAAAAUGAAAUAAAGCAGUCGGUA